AGUUCUAUACUGAUAAUGCUUAGGUUAAUUAGGAAUAAGGCCCAAAUAAGUUCUAUACCGAUAGUGGAUGACAAUGAUUCAUUACUAGAUAUAUAUUGCCGAAGUGAUAUAACAGCUUUGGCAAAGGACAGGGCUUAUACACGCCUCAAUUUUGAUGAAAUGACUAUCCAUCAGGCUCUGCAGUUAGGCCAGGACUCAUAUCAUUCAUACGAUCUUAGAAGUCAGCGAUGUCAGAUGUGUCUGAGAUCUGAUUCUCUGCAUAAAGUGAUGGAACGGUUGGCAAAUCCAGGCGUUAGGCGUUUAGUUGUCGUGGAAGCUGGCAGCAAGCGAGUAGAGGGCAUUGUUUCACUGAGUGACAUAUUCAAGUUCUUCCUUGGUUAGACUUAGAAUGGAAAAUGAAGAAUUACAAUGGUUUGUGCAGUGGUUAUGACAUUUGUGCAUAUAUUCAAGCAACACCACCUGCUCAGCCAUUUUAAAAGGUUUCCUAUGCCCUCUUUUUUUCUCUUAACUGGUAAUUUGAUCUCUUCACUUAAAAUAUUAUUGGAUUGGCCUCUUGCUUUAUUGCCUUGUUUUAAUGAUUUUAGGCUAGAGAAAGAGGUCUGUAAAUUGAGUUUGGCCCCAUUUUUAUUUAUCUUACCCAUCCCUUGUUAUCCUCAUCGUGCUCCCAGUAUAAAUACAAGAAAAAAUGGGAGCUUAAGAUCUGUAGUCAUUCUGUACUGUGUUGAAGAUAUGAAGACUGGGGAAGAUAAUUUAUGGGAGGAAGAAUAUUGAAAUUCUGGUGUUUUGUAUAGUUUAUUAUCAGCUUUUGGUCUUUGAAGAGAACUCCUGAGCUGGUACAAUAUGGUUUAAUUUCCCCACCUUCAUUUUCCUCAUUUCAGUGUACAUUGAGAUUUUCCUGGGCAAAUGUAAGCUGAAUGAAUUAUUUUCAUUCAUUUCUGUUAUGGAAAACCUGUCAGUCGGUUUUCACCUACUGAGGUAAGGCUCCUUGGUCUUCUAUUAUGGAACUUGAACGGAGGAUUUUAAGCUUGAUUUUAAGGGUAGGCUCUGUUAUCCUAUAUAUGAUGAGAAUGAGUUCCAUGUUGUGGCA